AUGGAGGGUAAACAAAUAUACGUACUUCCGGGAAAGGAGGUGCGCGAAGGUGGAAAUCAUGAUGGUUUAACAGACAGCAAUACAAACAAUACAAACACAAACCAAGGUGGAAUACAAACUACACAAAAAACACAAAAUGAUAACCCAAAUGAAACUGCCAACUCAAAGCCAAAUAACACAACUGCCAAUAUACAGUUAAAUAUCGCAAAUCACCAUAAUUCACAGGAUAAUUCACAGACACCACCACAAGAGGGCAGUCCGAGCAAACGGCAAAGCGGCGACAAGGAAUUAUAUUCGCUGUUUCUGGAACUAGAUCGAGAAAGACAAAAGAUUGUUCAAGACUUAGAAGACGAGAAUGUCAAUUGUAAAUGGUACCAUGAGCAGUUGGAGGAGGUGACCAAUAAGGUGGAACAGCUUCCCGUCACUGACAACUAUAAUCUACAGACGGAUAUGGCGCGACGUCAGCUGGACUUUGAAGCUCAGAGGAUCCGGGACCUCAUGCAAGAGAAUUAUGGGACCACGGAGCACAUAUCUCAACGUCAUGAAGCAAGACUACAGCGAAUACGUAUGAUUGAGACUGAGAUGUUACGCAUACAGAGACUGCACAAGGCCCAACAGAUGGCACUGCAGAAACAGAGCGAGGAGCAGACGGAGGCAAAGCAUGAUGAUGUUUUAGUGGUUGACGCAGCAACGAGUACCAUCGAUAGUCAAAAGAUGGCAGCUAAGGAAUGUAACGAUUCGCGUGCAACAUUCCACCCUCCAAACGGAACACGUCACAAUAACCUCUCCUCACAGUCUCCAGUCAUAGAUGAGCAAAAACAGAACAACCAGAACCUUGCCUCACUAUAUCAUGGGGCGUGGCCCAUGGAAAAAGGUGUAUCCGGAGAGGGGAGUCUUUCGGGAGUUUUGAACCAGGAGACAUCAAGUGUCAUGAGCUUUAACUCAAGUAAUGCAUCCACAGGGUCUAGGCGAGCAAACCAACAACAGCUAGGGACAAAGGUUGAGAUGGUGUAUUCGUUACUCUCUAUGUUAGGGACACAUGACAAAGAUGACAUGAGUCGCACACUACUUGCAAUGUCCAGCUCCCAGGAUAGCUGUAUAGCAAUGAGACAGUCAGGAUGUUUGCCAUUACUGAUUCAACUCCUGCAUGGCAAUGAUAAAGAAUCCGGGUUGCUAGGCAACACACGGGGUAGCAAAGCCGCAAGGGCACGAGCAGCCGCCGCCCUCCAUAAUAUAGUUCACAGUCACCCUGAUGACAAAAGAGGGCGCCGGGAAGCCAGAGUGCUGCGAUUGUUGGAACAGAUUCGGGCACAUUGUGAUCAACUUCGUGAUGUCACUGAUGAUGAAGAAGAGGGUCAAAGGUCAAGGCCAGGCUCUGCAGCCCGAUCUGCAGACAUUGAUCAUCACCCAGGGCCUGCAAUCGCUGCUCUAAUGAAGCUGUCUUUUGAUGAGGAGCAUCGACAUGCAAUAUGUACUCUAGGGGGUCUCCAAGCAAUAGCGGAACUCCUGUAUGUUGAUCAUGAGGCACAUCAUAGCACAACUGAGCAGUACAACAUCACAAUGCGACGCUACGCCUGUAUGGCUCUAACUAAUCUAACAUUCGGUGAUGGCACGAACAAAGCCUUAUUGUGUUCAAUGAAAUUGUGCAUGCACGCCCUUGUUGCACAAUUGGAAUCCCCGAAUGAGGAUUUACGCCAAGUUGCAGCAAGUGUCUUAAGGAAUUUAUCAUGGCGAGCAGAUUUAGCGAGUAAAAAGACUUUACGUGAAGUAGGUGCCGUCACAGCACUAAUGAAGGCGGCAUUGGAGGUUCAGAAAGAAUCAACUUUAAAAAGUGUAUUAAGUGCCCUAUGGAAUCUUUCUGCACACUGCAGUGAGAAUAAAGCAGAUAUUUGCGCUGUUGAUGGUGCGCUCGCAUUCCUUGUGAGCACAUUGACUUAUAAGAGCCCAUCUAAGACACUAGCUAUUAUAGAAAAUGGCGGAGGGAUGUUACGCAAUGUUUCUAGUCAUAUAGCUGUACGAGAGGACUAUAGAAAAAUCUUACGCACACAAGGAUGUAUGCAUAUAUUGCUAAAACAUUUACGCUCACCAAGUUUAACGAUUGUGAGCAAUGCUUGCGGGACACUUUGGAACUUAUCGGCACGUUGUACUGAGGACCAGCAAGCAUUAUGGGAAAUGGGAGCAGUGAGCAUGCUCAGGAAUUUGGUCCAUUCCAAACAUAAAAUGAUCUCUAUGGGAAGUGCGGCUGCAUUGAAAAACCUCCUUGGUGCUAAGCCUGCCGUGGGUAAUAUAGAUGGCGAUAAACAUAGUAGAUCUAACAUGCCAUCUUUAACAGUCAGGAAAUACAAACAAUUAGAGUCUGAGUUAGAUCAGAAUUUGUCGGAGACUUGUGACAAUAUUGAAAGCCCGAGGGAUAGCCCACAGGAAGUUCGCAAACACCCCCCUCCUAACAACCGAUUCAUGUAUCAGGGAGAUAGCUGUGGAAUGUACCAGGUCGCUGACUCAGAGCAUCGGAGACCUUUAUUACGAAGUCCGAUAUAUUCCAGGGGAAGUAGUGGGGAAAAUUCACCACUUUUAGACAAUCGGUUGCGUUCCCCUCAGAGACCUGUCGCAAGAACUGGAUCCCAGGAUAGUGUAGGAAGCACCCAUUCAGACAUUUCGCAUGACAGGGUGCGUGUAUCGAACAUAUUAACCAAGUCAAAACUGUCACAGGAUAAACCCACCACCCCUGAACGUAAACUUUCCCAAAGAAAUAAUGACAAUUUUAGAGGCUCAAGUUCCCCCAUUGAUCCGAAAUCCAACAUUUUAGCACCGAAUAGUCGCAUCAUGCAAAUAAUGCAAGAAGUUGUAAUGCAUGCAGAAACAACCGAUAAGGGAGGAAGAGAACCUCAUACAACAGCCAGUGCCCCAGCAUCACCAAAGACCCAAGUUCGUCCAAUGGGAAGAGGACGAAGCAUACCUGUUUAUAACCGACAACAACCAGAUCCUGCGUAUAAAGGAACUAAUAGUGCACACGCCUCUCCUGUCAUCAACCAUCGACAGUUUGGAGGUGAAAAUAGACUGAAUAACAUCGCUAAUUACCAGAAAUCACAAUUUUCAAAUCUACCUCAAAAGGUAGAAAACCUCAAACUAACAGAUGCCGAUCAAGAGCAGCCUAUUAACUAUAGCCUAAAAUACUCAGAUAAUCAAAAACAAGACAAUUUUAAAAGACCUUUACCACCAAAAGUUGGUAACUACGUGGCAGGUUUGGCAUAUAACAGUGGCCAACAAAAGAACUCUAAUGCCCCUCAAGGCAAACAAACCAAACCUACAAGACAAAACCAUGGUUACGCAGAAACUGAUCUUGAUAGUGUUGAUCAACCAACAAAUUAUGGUAUGCGAUAUACGGAAGAGGAUGAGGAAGUGCAAUUCACAGAACAGCCUAUCAACUAUAGUACACGAUACAGAGAUAACGAAAACUGUGCGGAUUGUAAAUUACAUAUGGCUCGAAGGACUAAUGACAUUAUAGAUGAACACAUCUGUGAUGAUCAAGUUAAGGCAUUUUAUACAGAGGAUACUCCAUACCUUUCAACUGCCACGUCAUUGACGGAUCUUAGCAAACACAAGCAUGGUGACGACCACGGUGGGGAUGACUCUAACAGUCCACCAUCUGAUGAACAGCCUCAGAAUUAUGCAAAUAAAUACCCAGAGAGUGAGGACAGGAGCACGAAUGGUAGCCACAGCACUUGCGAGCAUUCUAGAUCUACAGUCAUCCACGUUGCAAAACCUCAACCGCCACGUAGUGUUCAAGAACCCACGGAAAUGGAGAAUGCUCCCCCUAUGAAUAUGCGCUCGUAUAUUGACACAAAUGAUAUGCUUCCACCAGAGAAACCAAAGACUUAUGCUGAGGAGGGUACCCCAUUGUGUUUCUCGAGAGUCAGCUCGCUAAGUAGCCUCCAUAGCAGUGAAGCCCAGGAUAGGGGCAAUUCUAAACCUCCACAUGAUCCAGCCUUACAGAGCAUAGCUGAGGGCAAGAUAAUUGACACAACAGACAGACACAACCGGUCCCAGGGUGAAAAUCCAGCUAAUAUAUCCCAAGGAGCUGAGAGCACUGCUUCAGGCCCAGCAAAAAGUGUUACGUUUGAUGAGCAUAAUAAUAUUCAGGAGACACCCAUGAUGUUCUCACGAUGCAGUUCACUUGGCUCUUUAAGCAGUUUUGAUGCCCAUUCAGUACAUAGUUCUGUGAUCAGUGAAUAUAGUAGAAGAGCCAGUGAAGUAGUCUCCCCUAGUGACCUUCCUGACUCUCCUAGCGAUACAGUCCCUAACACACCAAAGAGGAGCAAAUCACCCGUGAAAUUCCCAGAACUUGGAAAUAGUCCAAAUAAAGAUGUCGCCACCCCUGUAGUCAACCCACACCAGAGGGAGGCCCAGUCAUUAUCACCAACGAAAAUGGGCCCACCACUCCAUCCCCCUCUUAAACCAAAUGUUAAUCAGUCUCGUGGAAUAGAACCUGAAAAAUUCACAAGAGAUCCUCAACAUUUCUCAACGACAUCAAGUCUCAGUGCAUUAUCAUUUGACGAUGAUGAACCAAAGAUUCAAAAGGACAAUGAUUUGGCAACAAUUCCUCUUACUGGAGAGAGGGGAGAUAUGUUCAAAAUGGAACAGGCUACACCAAAACCUAAAGACGAUAAACCCUUUGAGCCUGUGUAUGGUACUGUUACCAAAGAAGAUACGGACACUAGUAAGCCAAAUGAUCUGGAUGAGGGAUCCUCUGUGUCUGAAGUCUCUGAUGGUGAUGAGGAUAUUCUAGCCGCAUGUAUAUCAUCUGCAAUGCCAAGUAAAUCAUCUAAAAGCAAGAUGAGGAAGUCUCAUUCUGAUCACAGCAUCAAGAAAACACGGGGAAAUCCACAGAGGUCUGGAUUCGGAAGUAAAAUCCAUGGUGUACGUAGAAGUGCCUCAGGAUCAUUAUCCCCAAGAUCAAAACUGCCUCCUAACUUUCCUGCCGGCAAAUACCCUAUAAAACCCAUUCCAGAUCCAUGGGGUUCGAUUGAUGAAAUCCAGACAUUUGCUGAAGAAGGCACCCCAUUGCAUUUAUCUGGUAGCCAGUCACCCACAGAGCUGGUACCCCCUGUGGAGGCCCCCGCCAUGAGGCAACAACAAAUACAGCCCCAACAGAACAUAGUGAACAGCAAACCCGAUACAAUGAGGUUCAAAAAUCCUGAACCACAUAUGGUUCACCCCAGCCAUAACUUCAACCCUGGACAUGUGCCAUCUAACAUCAGUAGCCAUGGUGAUAGCUCUGGUGACACAUUGAAGAAUUUCGCAGUUGAAGACACACCUCAUAAUUUCUCCACAGCAACCUCUCUCAGUGACCUCAGUUUCACUCCAGAUGGCGGUGAUAGUAUGAAGAACGAUGAUGAAAGAGCUCUAGCUGAACAUGUUAAAAAUAAUGAUGCUGAAGAUUCACAUAAAGGAGAUCCUUCUGAUAUGAGUUCUCUGGAUGAUGAUGAGGAUCUCCUAUCUGAAUUAAUUGACUCAGCAAUGCCUAAAAGUAUCAAGAAGAAAUCACAUGGAUCAACUCAGGAGAAAACUGAAGCAAAUGAAUCUAAAAAUCUUGCGACUAAGCAGCAACAUGGCUCCGUUUUCAAGAAAGGUUUCCAACCACUAAGGACAUCAAGUGAGAGGUCUGAUGCUCAUAUAGGAGCCAGUGAUUCAGUUAGGACAUAUGCAGUGGAGGGAACCCCUGCUAAUCUUUCAACAGCAACCUCCUUGAGUAACCUAACAGUUGAUGAUUAUAACUCCAAGUCUUACGGAGAGCCAUUCAGUACUUCGGAUCACCCCUCAACUGAGCCAAACAUGCAUAGCACGGCCGCCACUUUCGGAUCCAUCCCACAAGAAGAUGAUGUCUUUUUGGGAGUCAGUUCUUGUUAUGACUCCCCAAAGGUGUAUGGUGUUGAGGGGACUCCUUUUUCAUUCUCACGCAAUGAUUCCCUAAGUUCUUUAGACUGUGAGGAUGAUGCUGAAACUGGCUCUGUUAAUCGACAUAAAAUGACCCCACGGAAACAAGGUCCUUUAAAGAAACUAUCAAUUCCUCAAUCUCCAAGACAGGUUGAAGGGAGCAGUGGUGGAUCGACACCCCAUUCUAAAGCAAUCCUAUCUAAACCCCCUAUCCCUUCAUCUAGCAAGACCAAAUCAGAUAUGCCUCCAAAUGUUGCCAAAGACAUAGCCGCCGCUCGGAAAAUCUCUGGGGAUGACAUUUCAAAGAACUAUGAAGUAGAAGGGACCCCUAUGUGCUUCUCUAGGAAUUCCUCCCUGAGUUCACUAAACAGUGAAGACAUGGUUGCUAAGGCUAAAUCCCCUGAAGGUAUACCAGUGAAAGAUGAUAAUGAGUCUUUUGUACUUGAAGACACUCCACUCAGCUUCUCAAGAAACAGUUCUCUUAGCUCACUCAGUAUAAAUAGUGUUGAUUCAGAACCAAGCGCGUCUGAACAGGCCCUCCUGGAUGAAUGCAUCAACUCAGCUAUGCCAAAGAAGACUCCCAGUAAAGUCGAUAAAUCAAAGUCAAAAUCAAAAACAAGCCCUGGAGCAAGUGCAACUAAAACCAAAACACCUCCCGGAAAGUCUACAAAAAGUAAGCCAGCUGUUAAGACAUUACCACCAAAGCAGCCAUCUCAGCCAAUAAACCAACAGCCUCAACCAACAAAGCAAUCAUCUCAGCCAGUGAAGCAACCAUCUCAACCAUUCAAACAACCACCUCAACCAGCUGCUAAGCCAAAUGUUAGUCAUAGAUCUCGAAAUCCUCAAUCGAGAUCUGCGUCACGUCAAAUCUCAGACUCUAACAGUAAUGUGAUACCAACAGGCAGUAACAACAAUCAUAUUACGAAUCCUAGCUCAAGAGCCAAUAACAAUGCAGAUAACAAUAGAGAUGAGUCGUUAAACUGCUUUAACCCAAUGAUGCAGACGGACACUAAUGCAAACCUAAGUUCCUGGCGGAAAAUGCCACAUAAAUCGUCAGAGGACUUUCGUGUCUCAAAAAAUACUGCUGAGGGUAAUACGUCAAGCUGGCGCCGAACUCGGUCCCAGGAUGGCGAUUUAAAACAAAGAAAAGAAGCAACCAAUCAAGAGAAAGCUCAAGAAUCGACAGCGAUGAUCUGGAAGAAAAUGCCGGAGCUCCAUCUGGUGAAUAAUGUGAUAACUGUUGCAAAUGUGUCUGCAACCCUAGCUCAGAUAGACUCCAACAAAUCGUCACCUAGUUGUAGUACAAAAACACAUGAAACUUUACAAUACCCCGAUAACAAACUCUCUGAAAUGCACCUUAAUGAUGCAGGACACGAGAGUGGGACUGAAAAGAUGGACAGUUGUAAAGAAAAUGAUAGCGAUGAAAGUGAACAUGACAAACCUGAACAUGAUGAUGCCAUUGAAGCAUUAAGAGAUGCUGAUAGAAGUAUACAGCAAUUCCAGCCUGAAGUGUUCUGCCCACUACAGGAUCCUGACCCCGAAGAUAAUUCAGAACCUCUUGGUUUGGGCCCAUUUCAGGACAAAAGUCCAUUUCAGGAUAGAGGGAAGAAUAUUAUAUGUGAUAGCAGGACAAAGAUAUCUCUUGAUUCACCAGAUGAUCCAGAUGGGAUUGUACUAGAAGAUGAGGUUGAUAUCAAUGACACACUGGACUCUAUUGAGAUUAUAGAUAUGGAUGAUAUAAUGCAGGAGACAUUUCCAGAUGACUUCCCUAUGGCCAACAGUGGAGGAUCAAUAAUCCCAGCACACCCCGAUACAGACUCUUCAAAGGAUGACCAAUCAGAGAAACUUUCCCAAGAUGAUGUCACAACCACCGACCAAUCAGAAAAGCUCCCUUUUGAUGAUGUCACAAACACUACGUCAAUAGACCAACCAAUAGAAGUCCCCCAUAUCGAACCACAUGACUUGUCUGUAGAAGAUGAACGCCUCCUCGAGGAAAAUGCCAACUUGGUGCUGUCUGAGUUAACCACCCAGCAUCUUGAAGGAAGUGUCAAUGACGACUUAUUUAUUGACAAUGAGACAUUAUCACUUGUGUCCAAUGACUUCACAGAUGAUAAUGCCUCAGAGAUCUCCCUCAGUCUCUCAGCAAGCUCUAAGACUCUAUCUGAAACCACCACAGCUAGUGACGUCACAUCCACAGUGGCACAACCCUCCACUGCAAGACCCAGACCAAGGAUUAUAAAGCCAACUGAUAAGGAAUAUAUUGAAAGGAAAGCAGCGGAGGAACAGAAAGGAAUCAGAGGAGCAAAGAAGAACUACAGGGGAGUGAAGUCAUUUUCAUCUGCCUCAAGUGUAAAGUCGUCAGUAUCUUCAAAGAGUUCAGUUAGUCUCACAAGUAAAAAUCAGAAACCUGUGACACCUGUUAGGGGAGGUAACAAACCUACAACCAAUGGACCUAAAGCUGUUACACCAAGAAAGCCAAUUGCAAGUAAGACAUCACAAAAUGGAAAAUCAACGCCUCUGAAAGGAAAUGCAGGAACAUCUAAAGGAAUGUCUACCCCUACAAAGGGACCUUCUGCCCCUGCAAAAGGUACUCCAUCCCCUCCCAAAGGAACUAAUAAUACCCAGCCAACAAACUAUGGUACAUACACCAAGAAUGGUCCUAAAGGGACACAGAAGUCCAAAGUCACAACUCAAAAACCUACUGCCACUCCUGAUGUCAAACCUGUGAACUCCAAACAGAGUGACCCAUCCGACAGACCAAAACCUCCCAUUAAACAAGGCACAUUUACCAAAGAUACAGCAUCAACCAAUUCUGCUCUCCCUACCAUAUCAUCCAAUAGAUCUGCAGAGUCAGAGUGUGAUGAUGAAAGUGUACGAUUCAGUCUAGAUGUGGAUAAUGACGCUACUGAAUAUUCAUUCAACCAAGAUGAUGAUGACCUCACAGAUCUGUCUAUCCCAGGGGUAAUCUUGAGAAAGAAACGACUUAGCGGGGGAUCACAUGGUAGCAGCGGGUCUGUCAGACAUAGUUCUAGCUCCCCAAGGAAUAGCAGUGGGUCUACAUCUAGCGGGGAUAAGUUCACUCCUCCAACUUCCUGGACUAACACCCUGGAGGGGAACUUUCACUUUGUGGUAGAUACCUCGCAACAGCAGGGCUAUGACGCCCCUUAUAAGCAAAUCCAAAUGAAGCGUCAUGCCUCAGAUGCCCCACCCGCUCUUAAGAAACAAGUCAGUAAUGAAUCAAAUAAAACUAUGAAUGAUUUAAAUAAACCAACUAAACAAACCACUAAAGUUACCCCUGGUACAAAUCUUACAAAAACAGCAAGUGGGAACAGUUUGUCAAAAUCAGGAGCGACCGUAACCAAGACAUCAAGCGGAUCAUCUUUAUCCGCUAAAAGCGCAGCUUCCAAGACCUCUGGAGUGACUAAUCUGAAGAAGACUUCCAGUGGUGGCUCACUCUCCAAAGGUAGUCCUGGGUCCGGUAUACCCAAGACACCAAGUGGAAGCAAUCUGAACAAAACUAACACUGGAAGUGCGGUGUCAAAAACUUCAACUAGUGCAGGGAAUUUAAGGAAGACAUCAAGUGGGAGUAAUUUAACAAAAAAUAGCCCCGGGAGCUCAAUAUCGAAGACAUCAAGUGGAGGUAACCUAACAAAAACAACAAGCGGGACAUCCAUAGCUAAACGUGGCAGCGAUGGUUCUCUCAGUAGUCGCAAUGGAAGUAAUGGAUCAGUGAACAAACCAUUGAUAAGCCCAAGGGAGACAAAGACCUCAGCAUUAAGAAAUGGUGCCAAAUCAAACCUGCAAAAGUCGGAGAGUAAUACAAGCCUUAAGAAAGCAGCUGGUCCAAGUAAAACUACACCAGCUUCACCAAGAAGAGGCUCCAAUACAAGUAUAGCAUCAACGCCAUCUACGACCCCAACCAAACCAGGAGCUAAGAAACCUGUCACAAGUAAAAUAUCUGGACUCUGGAAGCGUGAAGAUGGCAAGAGUGUUGUCCCAGUUGCUAAUAAUAGCAGGACAGCAUCCCCAAGUGGUAAACCACCAACCCCAACUAAAUCCCAGAAACCAGAGGUGAAAAUUCAAAAUACAACCCAGAGUAAAAUAGGCUCUAAAUCGCCAAAACAAAUCAGAAAAGUGGCCCCACCUACUAAGGUAAACCUCCCAGCCAAUAAGGUGAAACCAUUAACUCCACCAAGGAAGAGCUCUGCUGUAUCUCCAGUACAGAAGAGCUCCCCAGUUGAUGCCCCUAGUGAAGGAAUAAAGAGGAGCUCUACCUAUGAUAAACUCAGUCCAGAGAAAGAGCCUGAAGUGACCCAACCUAAGGCCAGUGGUGGCUGGAGAAAGGCACCUAAUAAUGUCAGUGACAGUGACUCGGAUUGUACACCAAAACCCACAAGUGGCAUUAAGAAACCUGUUGGAGCAUUUAGACGAGCUGUAGACCUCCAAGGAAGCGAUAGUGAUAGUUCAGGGAGUGAGAAGCCCAUGAGGAAGAGUGGACAAAUCUGGGUAAAACGUGGGAGUAACCCCCCACCCCCACCACCAAGGACCAGCAGCAGGCUAAGGUCUAGUGCACCCCCCAGGACCAUGGAUAACAACACUAAACAGACAUUAUUGGACACUGAGGAUGUUGCUAAGAGACGGUUAACAUACACUGUUCCUGAUGACACAGCGAUGCCGGAUGCUCCCGAUUCUACAGCAAGGCCGAUGCAGCAUGUUGAUGUUGUGGUAAAUGUCAAAAACUGUAUCACCGUAAAUGGUGGCUUAAACAAUGGACCAGUAACUACCACUAGUAGUACGACAGUCACUAGCCCAACUAAGGCUGAAAUCACAAACAAAGUAUCUCCAUCUGCAGUAGUUCAGCCAUAUAAUUACACUCCAACUCAAAAGACGACUAAAACAUUACCAACACAAAAAUCUUCAUCUAUACAAAAACCCUCCAAUAAAAAAACAGAGAAAAUAGAUACGGACGUUAAUGAAGGAUCUGAUAGUGAAAAGGGUUUAAAAAGAGAGAUGACUAAAACUGAAAUGCUGAUUGCAAGACGUAGAAGAUCUUACUUAAACAGUAACAAAAGUGAUGAAAGUAUAGAUUCAGAUGAAAAGAAACGAAAUUGUCUUGUGACAACAGUUUAACCAAAUAAGCAUAAUUUCACAGUGGACAGUGCAAAAAACAAUACAAAAAACAUUUAUGAGUAGUAAAGAGUGAAAUCCAUGAGGAAUGUAGUUAAUAGUAAACAAAGAUUUAGUCAAUUAUCUAGAGAUUUUUAUGAAAUAUUUCUGUUUCAUUAUUACCAGGUUAUUUUUCUCUUAUUUAUUGCAAGUGUGAUUGUAGAUUACCAUGUUCUUCGGAAAAUGUUUUAGGAUAGUGCCUAUACUGAGUGUAUAGAUUUUGUUACAGGAAUCACUUUAAUGAAAAAAUAUAUCUGUUGUACUCGUGUAUUGUAAAUAUAUAAACCUUGCUUUACUUUUUAAGAGCUUUGUACACAAAAUGGAAAAUCAUGAUUUAGAGUUUGUGCACUAUUUAAUAUAAUGUAUAAAUGAUAGUAAACCAUUGUAUAUAACAUUAUUCACUAAAUCAUGGAAACUUAAGGUGGCUAGAUUGGAGUUAAUUAUCUUGUUUUUAACACACAAUUAGCUCCCAGAAUCAUCCCAUUCUGACCACCUUAAGGACAGAUGUUAAUAUUUUGUCAUUUAUGUAAAAAGUACUAACUGUUCAACUAAAUUCAGCAUUGAAUUGCUGAUUACUUGUAUAUGCACCAUUGUAUUGUUGGAAAUUACAAUACAGACAAAACACGACCUCCCUUUCCCUGUGUUAUUUUUGGGAAGUCUUUCUUGUCUGUAUGUGUAGAUUUCCCAUAUGUGUCCCAUUGUAUGCUUGUCCAAAACUAUGAAAAAAAUACAGUACAGAUAAAGAUAAACCUCCCGCCCUAUGUUAUUUUUGGGAGUCCGUUUAUUGUGCCGUACUAGUCUAUACUGUAAUGUACUGAUCAGUACUGUACUAUAUUAUACUGUACUGUUCUGUAUAUGGGCACUGCAAUGUUUGGCUUCUGAUGCCACUGAAGAGAUUCUCAUGUGUUCUUUGCAUAAAAAAGUAAUUAUUUUACUGAAGUUACAUGUACACAGUGAUGUUGUAUACAGACAGGAACGAAAGUCUAUAAAUUUGGGAAUUAGUGUUGAAAAAUUGAAAGUUCGCACGAGCAAUGAUUAAGAUCAGUUUUGUAAACUGGCAUUUAUUUGAUUUGAAGUGUUUCUACCCAUAAGAAAAUGCCAUGAUGUUUUGGAACUUAUAGGAGAAAGGAACUGAAUGGAAUCGGCAAGUAAUAAAGACAAAAGUCUUGGAUUUGUUACUCUAAAUUAUAUAGAAAUAAAAGAUAAAUGCCUAAAAAGGAAUCAUCAUUAUGGCUAUUUUCUCAUA